GUUUUGUUGAAUCGCACGUCUCAGCGUUAGACGUGGCACUGCGUGACGUCAUCAGCGCGCGGCCGUGUCCCACUGUGUACUCGCACUUCAUCGGCUCCGCUUUUAACAUUUACACUCGGUUUGAUCGCGUCAGCAGGACAGAGUGAAGAUGAUGGAAGAGAGCGGCAUAGAGAGCACCCCGCCGGCCACCCCUCCACCGCCUCCACCCGCCACAGCGACCGCCAGCGGUGUCUCCGGUCCUCAGACUCUCUCCGGCCCCCCCGGCGUCUCCGCUUUUGCCCCGGGGGGGUUUUCUAGUCCCGUUCCUCCAGUGGCUCUGACCUCCACGCUGCCGCCCAUCCAUUCGUCCACUCCUCCUCUCUCUCUCAGCUCAAUGUCGUCUCCUAUGAGUCUGAGCGGCCCGUACGGCGGUCCUGCCGCUCCGUUCGCCUCCCCACCUCCCGGUCCCCCGCUCGGCGUCGCUCCCUCUCUGGGCCCCGUCCUCUCUGCCCCCCCCAUGGGCCCGCCCACCACUGGCUUCUCUGUGAGCGCAGGAUAUGACAUCACCCGUGGCCACGCGGGCCGCACCCCUCAGACGCCGCUGAUGCCCAGUUUCUCCAGCGCCUCACCCAUGCCAGGGAUUGUCACCAAUCCCAUGAUGCAGCAGCCGGUGUCUGGAGGGUUAGACGUCAGCUCGCCCAUCACGUUUCCUGAGGACACCGAAGAUCCCAGAGUGACUCCGGACGGCAGCUCACCUGGUGGAUUAUGGGGCUUCAUCAAGGGUGUAGCUGGGAACCCCAUGGUCAAGACAGUCCUGGAUAAAACCAAACACUCUGUGGAGUCCAUGAUAACCACACUGGACCCUGGGAUGGCACCGUACAUCAAGUCUGGAGGAGACGUGGACAUCGUCGUGACGUCAGAUAAGGAGGUUAAGGUGGCAGCGGUGCGGGACGCGUUUCAGGAGGUGUUUGGUUUGGCCAUGGUGACGGGAGAGGCCGGUCAGUCCAACAUCGCCCCGCAGCCGGUGGGAUACGCCGCAGGGGUCAAGGGUGCUCAGGAGCGCAUUGACAGUCUGCGUCGUGCCGCCGUCAUUCAUGAGAAACAACCUGUGGUCUCGGUGGAAAACUUCAUCGCAGAACUCUUCCCAGACAAGUGGUUUGACAUCGGCUGUCUGAUCUUGGAUGAUCCAGGAAACGGGAUUCACAUCGAGGCGUUCACUCAGGCCACACCUGUGGCGCUGGAGCAUGUACAGCAGGCGCAGUCGCUGACUCCUCCAGACUACAACCUGCGCUGGUCCGGUCUGCUGGUGACGGUCGGGGAAGUUCUGGAGAGAAACGUGCCCAACGUCAGCCGCACAGACUGGCACCAGGCCUUCACCGGCAUGUCCCGCCGACAGAUGAUCUACUCUGCUGCCAAGGCUCUGGCCGGCAUGUACAAACUGCGUUUGCCUUCCAGGACAGUGUGAGCGUCACGUGCCGUCACGUUAUACGGACGCCCAGCUUCCCAGAAUCACACAGGACUCCACAUUCCAUCCGCAGACAUCCUGUGUCCUUUUUGGUCACGUCCCAUAACAAGACUGAGCCGACUCUAAAUGCCAAAUGAAGUAGAACCGUUUCUGCAUCAGGUCUGAAGUGAAACAGUUACAGGGCAGAAUAACUAACACCUAACUUUUAAAUUAUUGAUUGAAUUGACUAUUGUGUCCUUGACAUUAUAUUUGAGUUUGAUUGAUAUUAAUAAUUGACAGCGCCCAGUCUUUAUGAUGGGAAUGAAAUCACGAAUGCAUCUCAUGUCCUACAGCACAACUCCUUAAAAUGAUCAGAUCUCUCCAAGAUUUAUAAUGCCUGUGUUUACAUUUACAAUCAGAUGCUUUGAAUUGCAGAUUUUUAAAUUGUAUUGUUGAAGUUCGUAUCAAUAUUGUGAAUAUAUAAUUCUGGAUUGCGGUUUUGGAUCUCGUUUUAUAGGGUUUUCUUUUCAGCUUAAUCGGCAAACGACGUUUCAACAUUGUGUUUUUCUUCACGUCCGUCGGUCCGUGUUAGUCAGCGUUUACUGCGGUCAGAUGAAAUCAGAUCACCAGCUCUGCUGCAUAUAUAAACAAACCAGUUACUGUAGAUGUUGUUACAUAAUACUGCCUGACAUCGAUAUUGUCUGAAAUACUGCAGAUGAGCGUUAGAGAUGACGUGCAGCGGGAUCCUCGGCUCAGAGCGACACGGGACGCGGCCGCCUGAGCAUGACCUCUGAGUGACGGCCGACGCGUAGCACACGAUGACAUGCGGCGUGUUUGCUGUCUGUGAGAAAUCUAGAACUGCCUUUAAAGUGUCUUUAUAUGUUUGUAAUAUUUCUCCAGAACAGCUGUGGAUGAUUUUAUUCCAUAGCAUUUUACAAACGUGCCUUUGACCAGCAAAUGAGUAAAAUCUUUUUGUAAAGCA